ACAUUUGACCAUUGUUAAAUGAGGCCAGCAGCAUUGGAAGUAAAUUAUAUCCACGUUGAUUUGGUUGAGGUGGCCUUCCAAUUUUGUUGAAAUCAGGAUUCUCUGCACUUUUUCAUCAACAUUGAGAGAAGAUGUCUACUCAGGUCGUUCUGAUGACCGGCUGUUCAGCAGGAAUUGGUCUUGUUACAGCUAAACGUCUCGCUCUUGAACCAAAUCAGCGAUACGUCGUCAUCGCUACCGUCAUAGCGAUGUCGGAGAAGACCGACUUGGUAGCUGCCGUAGGGGACGCUCUCAAUAAGACAAUUUUCAUUGAGGAAUUGGAUGUCACAAAGGAUUGUGACAUCACAACCGUAGUGGAUAAAAUUCUCAAAUCACAUGGGCGUAUUGACAUCCUCUUGAAUAUUGCUGGUAUCGCUCUUGGUGACAUUGCCGAGCUUGUCACGCGUGACAUGAUCGAGAAGAUCUUUAACGUUAAUGUUUUUGGACCAAUGAGACUCACACAGGCAGUGCUACCUCAGAUGAAGCAGAGAAAAUCAGGGAAGAUAAUCUCCAUGUCAAGUACAGCAGGAAGAAAUGGAGUACCCUACAUGGACAUGUAUAGUUCAACUAAAUUCGCCUUGGAAGGUUUCUUCGAAGCUUUGGCUGUUAGUCUACGUGCGUUUAAUAUUAGAAUUUGUCUGGUCGAGCCUGGUCCAGUACGCACCGCUUUAAGGGAUGGGGUUGUGGAGAAUUUCCGCACCAGACACCAGGACAAGUCCAUCGAUGAAAUAGACACCAAACAGCUCCAAAGACUACUAGAUAAUAUAUUAACAGAAAAGGGCUCCUACGAUGCCUUGAUGCCAGAGGAUGUCGCCAAGGUCAUUGUGACAAGGUGCGUGGAACCUGACGAGCCAGUGCUGAGACACCUACUUAUUCCAGAGGAUCUCAAUGAGGUGGUCCGAAUCGGGAUGGCCGACCUUACGGGAGAGAAGACCAUCGAAAAUGCACAGCAAUCAAUGAUUAAAGUUCCUUCAUGAAUAAGAUUUGGUCAAAUAGUGCCUGUGGCAAUGUUUGUAUAGGGGUUAGUUGUGGGAUGUUCACAUUGGAUACCCCUAUACCAGACAGGUUGACCGGUCUAACAGAAAGGAAAUCGUUUAAAUUUCACGGAUGAAUGUUAAUUUCUUCAUGAAUUCGGGUAGAUCGAAUGUAAGCAAUUUUUUAUUCCGUUGUUCGAUUACAGGGGAAGUCGGUAUAUUGGUUGUUACUAUUGUUGAAUUCAAAACAAACCUAACGCACCAGAAGACAUGAUGAACUUAUACUUUUGAGUUCUUGGUGUCCUGGGAUAAAGGACGUAAGCCGUAAGACACACUAACGAUAAUGUUAAUGUGCACAUGUGUAUUUUAAGCACUUUUAAAUUAUCAAAAUCUAGAAACUAAGGAGCAGCCCAUGUAAACCAUAUUUUAAACAAUGCUAGAAUUAUAUAACAAAUGAGCUUCGAAUAUUCAGAAUUUCUAAUGCUAGUAUGUUACAAGAAGAUGUAACUUGUUAAUAAUGAUGAUGAUCUUAAUAUAAGGCAUCUAUAUACCUUUCUUGCAGUCCCUCUCAUAAUGUAAUCCAAUGCUCAUUUUUUUGUGUGAAUUGUGUAUAUAUUGUGUGUAUAUGAUACUUUUAUGGAUUUAAUGACUAAAUAAGUUGCAAUUGUAUAAAAAAAGAUGAAUGGAAAAUAAUAAUAAUAAUAGUAAUAUUAAUUUGUUACAGUUUUUUGUCAAUGGUAAAAACGAUUUCCUGAAUAUGUAUAAUAGUGAACCUGCUCCUUAAUUUCUCUCACAAUAAUUAUAUAUGACAUGAUAUUUGGCUAUUUCAUGGUUACUUGUAUUACGUUAUUAAAAUCUACUAUAGAUUAAAUUCACUUGACUGGAAUCG